AUUAUCGAUAAUGUUUGAAACUAGGGAUCUCUCACAUUUUAAAUGUGAAGCUUCUAACAUUAUUAAUAUUAAAUUAAUUUCUGAAACAAAAGAUAUAAUUGAUAAUGACAAAAUAUUUCAUCCUGAAUUUACCCAUCAAAUAUUUGGAGAAAGUGAAUCUAUAUUUGGAUAUAAAGAUCUUAAUAUAAAUUUGUAUUAUUGUGCACAUUGUCUUUAUACAUAUUUUGACUUUACAUAUGAACUUAUUAUUGAUUCAAAAAAAUAUGGAGUUGAACCUGAUGAUAUCAAUAGCCUACUUUUACCGAAAAUUAAUAAUGAUUUUACUAAUAACAUGCAAGAAUUUAAAAGUCAUAUUUCUAAAUGUAAAAAAUCCCCAUUUGGUAUCUGCAUAGAUUCAUUCAAUUCUAAAGGUAAAUCAUAUGAAACGUACAUGAUCCAAUCAGACGAAAAUAUGCAUCAUCAGACGAGUGAUUAUAAUUUAGAUUUCUACAAUUAUUACCAAAGACUGCAAAUUUUUACGUUAUGGUACAUUGACGCUGCAUCUUAUAUAGAUUUAUCUGAUUCUAGAUGGCGCUUUUUCAUGCUGUACGAGACAAUAAAUAUCGAAAAUGCCAAUCAAUUCGUCGAUGAUAAUGAUUCUCCUCCAACAUCACUACCCCACUCGAAAAAGCUUAAAACAUUGCUCUCUAGUGGCGAAUCUUCUGACAAAAAAUAUGACAUAGUGGGUUUUGCCAACGUCUAUGAAUAUUUCGCCUACCCAAAUAAAAUAAGGCCCAGGAUUAGCCAAUUCUUGGUGAUGCCUAUGCACACUAGAUUAUCCCUCGGCACGAAACUUUUGAGACAGAUCUAUAGUUUUUACAGGAUAGAACAUGGAGUAACGGGGAUUAAUGGACAUGAUGCUACAAACACACAAAAUGGUGUCUAUGAAUCUGACGACCAUAUUAGUGUCAAUGAUCAUGAAGUGGUCGACAUUGCUAUCGAAACUCCUUCUUACGAAUUUAAUUUGAUGAGAGAUUUUGUGGAUUGUGAAGACCUAUUAACUCUUUUAAAAUCUUUUCCUAUCCCAAAUGAUUACCAAUCAAGCAUUGUUUUAAACAACAGUAAUUUUGGAAAAAUAAUAAUCAAUGAUGGUCUCUUGUCCAUGGUACACGACAAACUGAAAUUGAACAAAAAGCAAAUAAGCAAAAUUAUUGACAUUCUUAACCUCUAUUUUAUUCUUCGUUGUCCUCAUGAAUCAAAAGCAGACGAAAAAAUCAAUGUUUACAAAACUGAAAUGAGGGAUAAAAUGAUGAAGCCCUUUUUGAAAGAAAAUGAGAAGCUAGCUAAAUUUAAAGCGACUAUAUUAACCAAAGUGGAAUUACAAGAUAAAGUAGAGGAUAUAUUUAAGGUGGCGUACAAGGAGUAUCAAAUUAUUGCGGACAAACUACUUCUUCACGAAAAUAAAUGAUAUAUAUUUAUAUUAUGAUUUUUUUAUAUAAAAGGAUAAUAUAUAUUUUUUUAAUAAAUUAUUUGUCAAACAUAUGAAUUUCUUUUUUAAAACUAUUUUCUUAAAGGUCACCUCCAAUAUAAACAUUAUAAACAUCCACCCAUCAGCUCUUAAUCAUAAUUAUUUUUAAAUACAUAAAACAAAAUAACUUAAUACCCAUUGUCCAUAAACUUCUC